AUGGCCAACAAAAAGCCCAAGGAAGGAGUCAAGACUGAGAACAAUGAUCAUAUUAAUUUGAAGGUGGAGGCGCAGGAUGGUUCUGUGGUGCAGUUUAAGAGUAAGAGGCAUAUGCCACUUAGUAAACUAAUGAAAGCCUACUGUGAACACAGGAACUUUUCAUGGUUGGAAAUGGAGGAUGAAGAUACAAUUGAUGUGUUCUGGCAGCAGACAGGAGGUGUCUACUAAAAAGUGAACCUGCUACUUUACUCCAGAAUUCUGUUUCUCCAGACCAAG